ACAAUAUACAGCAAAUAUCAGCUAUCAAACCUCACUAUGACACAGAGGCUGGAUUCACUAUUCAAACGUCCUCGUUAUGAUCCCAGACUCCGUCCCUACUUCAACGGUAAGUUUUUGUAAUAACAUCUUAAUACAGUCAAACCUCCCUUAAUUGACUGUUCGUAAUAUGGUCGUUAGGUGGUGCUCACCUACCAUGUCUGGGCCACCGGGGGUCUAUAUUUCGGGUAAUUUGCAUAUGGUGAUCGGACCCCUUCGUCAGCGCUUAUCAAAACCUUCUGUAAUAACUUUUAGCGGCUUAUUCAGUGAAAAUCAAAUCUUAGGACUCAUGAUGAUUAUUUUUUUUCUCGGAAAUUAUUGAACACAGCGUUUGGGACAAUUCACCUGAAAGAAACUUGGAUCGUUUGUUAAUCUAAGUGGCCGGUGUUGUUGUUGUCCAAAUUUUUCCGGGAACGGAGCACAUGCACAAAUUCACGACCUAAAGCUAUUUCAGGAAACACUUCCGAUGGCUCCUUUUUUACGACAUCUGUCGAAACAAUUUUCAGUUUCCGCUCGUGAGAGAUAAAGGUGAUGGUCAGCCAAAUGAUCGAAUGAGGUUUAAAACAAUUGAAAACAGUGACAACCAUCUCAAUUGGUCGCUUAUGAGAGGUGGCCGCUUACGAGAGGUGGUCGCUCACUUUGGGAUCUACUUCUAAUGAUUUGACUCGGAAACUUUAAGUAUUCUGAAAAAGUGGUCUCUAACGAGAGGUGGUCGCAAAGGGAGGUUCGACUGUAUUUGUUUGCUUAAUUUUUUUAUUUGUUUCAUUUUGCAACACUAUGUUUACACAACCUGUGUUUCACACUAAGUACUUUGCGAGACAGACGGUUUACUCCCAAAAUGCAUAAUAAAUGCUGAUUAAUUGUGUUUGGUAUAUGUUUUAAUAAGCACACGGUGUUACCAAGUUUUUACGAUUGUUAAGGACUCUCACUCACUAUUACACUGAGGAUUAAGAGGCGGACGGAGAGGGGAGGUGGAGGGGCACCGUGGUAGGUAAGUGAGAGUGGGCCAUUGUGCAGAGGCUUAAUGCACUUGGAACUUUUUAUUACUCAGCUUUAACUGAUAAUCAUUGAUAAAUAUCUUGUUUGUAGAAAAGCCAGUGACUGUUAAAGUGGGAUUCUGGGUAGUAGCAAUUGACGCAAUUAACGUAAUGGACAUGGUAAGUAGGGCAACUUGCCAUUUUUAUUUGCCUUGUUUGUAGCCAGAACAGUUGGAUGGCCUGAAGAACAACUGUAAUCAGUAACAUUCUGGUAGAGGGAAUACUAGGUGUGAACUAAAUUCUAAGAUUUUUUUAAAAAGAUUACAUCAAUCAACUCGGGAUGCAUGCUUGACCACAAUGAUCCAAUUGUUCUUUUCUUGAAUUUUUCUCAGGAUUUUGGUUUAGACAUUUUUCUCCGUCAAAGGUGGACAGAUCCGAGGCUUGACCAUGGUCUCCGUGAUACAUUGUCUCUUAGCAACACUGUUAUCUCCCACAUAUGGCUGCCUGAUAGCUACUUUAAAAAUGCUAAGGAUGCAAGCUUUCAUGACGUCACCACUCAAAAUAUGAUGAUCACCAUUGGCCCGGGUGGGUUGGUGGAUUAUAACGCCAGGUAAUGAGUGACCAGUGUCCGUGGCUACGAACUUGAUAUCUCUUCGCUCCAAGAUGAAGAUAGCUGUUAAAUCCGAUAAGAUUUCAUUCCCUUCAAAUAAGCUUAGCCUUGUAAAAUUACAAAAGAGCCAGAGCUAGAGAGAAGCGCUUCUGAAUGAAAGCACAUCAAAAUCGUCAGGAUGUGGGAAUAUUUUGUUAAAACGGUUUCACAUCCUUACAAUUUUAAAAAUGGCAUUUUUGAGCGAUUCCUUUCGAGUGACGUAGGAUCCGCUAUUGUGCAUCACUUUACUAAAGUAAUGAAGGAAAUUAAUAGUUAGUAGUGGCCUCUUUAGGGAACUGUACGAGAGAAACUGAACAAAUCAUCCGGAAUUAAAGAUGAAAGAGAAGAAGGAAGGCAUUUCUUUUGCUUUUUAUCAUUACAUUCUUUCAGAGUGACCUUAAAAGCUUCUUGUCCAAUGGAUCUCAGACUUUACCCCAUGGAUGUUCAGCACUGUCCUCUGAUAAUCGAAAGCUGUAAGAUUAACUCUUUGUAUUUGUUUAUCUCCUACGCUAAUAAUCUGUUGCUAUUUAGAAUAUCAUUUAUUAGUAUCUGAGAACAUUUGAGUCCUGAUGGGACGCUGUUCCACUUAAAGUUCCAACUGCGAAAGUCGUCAAUUUUUCCAAAAGGUUGACCGAUAUUAAUUUUUACAAAUUGUUCACAAUGUUCUGACCACUGAGGACUCGCGCUAAAGAGUAAAUAAGGACGCACUAACUACCAGGCGACUAUGACUUGAGCAAACUUUAUGCAACUGAGUUAAUUAAAACACGGCACAGAGGAAGAAGUUUAUAACAAGCUGAGUUACCCUUUGAUAAGUGAAUUACUUGGUAAUUCUGACGCUCUGACGAAGAGCUAACGCCUGAAACGUCAGCUUUUUUGCCCUUUACGGUGGCCAAUUUACGUUUUCAACUCAGUUGUUAACACUAAAUUACCCGCUAUACUCUCCCACCGACGAAGCACCACAGUUUCUUUAGAAACUCACCCCUGAGUUACCCUUCUCCUCUUUUGAAAAUCAAAUUUUAAACAGUAAGUGCCCUGAUAAAUAUUUCAAAGGUUGAACAUACCGUUUUACACUGGUCACUUACUAAUUAAAGCAAAAGAUACCAUUUCCCUGUGUUUUAUCUCGGAAGAUGGUUAUGAUAUGAACAAUAUUGCUUACAAGUGGGAAAUCGACAGCGAGGAUGGCAUGUCUUUUGUACCGAGCGACAUGAAGAUGUUACCUCAGUUCAAACUCACCAAGUUGCAGUUGUCCUCGUUAUACACCACCUAUGUUAUUGGUGAGUAUUUAUGAUAUCAUCAGCUGUAACGUUUCAAUAAUAAAUGAGGUAUUUCUCGUUGUGCAACUGCUAAUGCUAACCGUUCUUUUUCAUGAUGUUGCUAAUAAUGUUUAAAAAGUUUUCACAACCAGUGCUACACCGCCAAGAAAUAUUAUUUCAACCCACCUUAAGUUAGCAAACUUUUUCUCAGACAUAGUUUGAUGCUACUCUGGUUUGCAGAUUUAAUGAAUGUAACUGAAGAAGUCACAAUUCAUAGACCCAACGUUUCGACACUCCUGUCUAGUGCCUUCAUCAGGGGUGAUCUAAACGCUGCAACAAGAGGUCCUUUUAUAUGAUCGCCAAUUAGCGGCCUUUUUUUCUGACGAGGUGUAAAUAGGCAUCAGGAAGCAAACCGCCAUCGUCACAAUAUAAAGGAGAGUGGGCGGAGUUAAUAUACCAAGCCUCCAAACAUAGGCGCUGGUGGUAACACCGAUUAGUGGUGACAAUUUUAGAAUUAUCCCACCCAAUUGUAUGGUUAGUUAGGCAUGUAUGCUCCGAUAAAGCUGAAUUUUCCUUUUUGCAAAGAAAAACCGCUUUUUGGUGCUCUUUCAACCAUGUACCAAACUGACGUUUGGUCUGUCUGAUGUAUUCGUUGUCACAGUCAUUGCAAGGAAUAGAAUAAAUGGCGUCGGUUCGUUGUUCUUUCGUGACAGGAUCCUUAGGUUUGGCGAAAAUAUGCCCCAAAGUCUGAAAAGGUUUUUGAGCAACUUUAACGUUGUGGCUAUUCACAUGCAUUCAUUUAUGCAAGGAAUAACAGCAAAACCAGUCGCUGGUUCCCUUUCAUCGAGAGCGUUACUAUUUGUAACUGGUUUUUGGCAGUUACGGAGAAAAGUUUUUGUAUAGUCAUUUGCCUUUAGGACAUUGGAAACAUAUUUCCUCUCCUCAGCCUUCGAAUCGAGUGAAGAUGGUAGACAUUCAGCCCUCCUAAGUAAAGUUUUGGCUACAGACUUUUUAUGGCAAAUAGGGUGGUGAGAAUCGAAAGCGAGGUAUUUGUCGGUGUGGGUAGGUUUACGGUAGACACUUGUCUCUAAAUUACCCUGAACCCCUCUGGACAUAUUUUCUCCCUAAUAUUUGCCACUACAAAGCUUGAGCUGUUGAUAUUUUUUCAAGGUAACUGGUCGGGAGUGAAAGCUUCAUUCACCUUACAGCGUCUGUACAGUUACCAAGUGAUUCACCUGUAUGGACCCAGUGCCCUUAUUGUCACACUCUCUUGGCUUACCUUUUUACUGCCUCGGAACCAGUCUCCUGCCCGAGUCACCCUGGGAGUGACGUCAGUGCUCACUAUAGUAACCAUUCUUACAAUGUCUAACAACGCCAUGCCCAAGGUAUGGCUUUGAAAUAUAACAAAAGCAGCUAGAGAAGUGGAGGAUUGGGGAGGGUUUUCUGAGAAGGUUAACCAGUAAGUGAUGACAAGAAUAGAAUAAAAUCCAUGUGGACACCCAUAGAUGCAACUAUAAAGCCUUGUCACAGCUUGUUCAGCUCUAUCGAAAACCGGCUGAAAAUUCCUGCAAAAUUCACUAAAUCUCAGUUUUAGCGUUAUGUAAUGGUAACAGGUCCGAGUGGAAUUUAAUUCGGUCUGUAUAAGUCAUACGAGUGUUUACAAAAUCGAACGACCGCGAAGCGGAAGUCUGAUUUGUCAAUCACCAGUAUAAUUACAGACCAAGAGAAUAUCAACUGUUCAUAUUCGCUUGUUAGUGACUAAAUUGAAUGGCACGAAUUCCUGUUCCAAUUAAUUAUAACCAUUACAAUUUCCGAAAAAAUACAUUACAUUUAUUAGAGAGGGCUUUCAAUAUUUAUUAUAUGAGGUGAAAAAUUCCUAUAUUUUGGAAAUUCCCCAGUUUUGUGAGCAAGUGGUUGUUACUGUGGCUAUUGUAAUCAGUUCUAUGAUUGGUGGAUUUAGCUUAGUGGACUUAGUAUGAUUGGCUGCUUUGACUUUCUGAUUACAGGUGUCCACUUACGGCCAACUGUGUGAUCGACUCCAGUGUACGAUUACAACUCUACAGAAUAAGUAGUCAAAAAUAAAGCAGCUAAAUACACCAAUCUCAUUUGAGGAAAUUGUAGCGGAAGUAAUUGGAAGCUCAAAUUGUUUUCAGCUUUACUAACAAAGCCAUUUUAUGUUACCUCUGAGGUAAAUUAUGUGAAAGCUAUUGACAAGUACUUGAUUGUAUCAUUCCUGUUCGUGUUCUGUUCUCUGGUGGAAUAUGCCAUUGUGCUUCUUCUUGAUCGAGGAAAACGAAAGUUUGAGCUAAGAAAGAAGGAAGUCGGGAACUUCACAGACAAGGUAAAACCUAGGAAAGAACAUAACUGAGGACGAAUCAAACGCGUCACGUGACCGGCCAAAUCAGAGUAACAACAUUGCACAGUCGAAACAUAACAAAGAAUCUUGAAAGUUUGGGAAAACUUAAGAAACGGUUUCUAACAAGGCUUAAUUCACACAUUCGUUCUAAAAUACAUCGGAAAAAUGAAUGUUAGUAUGGUCUCGUGAAUUUCCUGUCAGUCAAACCGUUUUGAAGUGAAACCGAUCAGAAGUACUUUAAAGCAAAAAGGUCAAUCGUAGGUUACAGGUUGCGCAUAAAAAAUACCUCUCCAAAUGUUCUACAACUAUCCUACGAUUUCACAAACGAGAGACAAAAACUUUAUAUAUACAUCAAACAGAUACGCACUUCAAAACGUUAACUCUCUCUCGUUCAUUAUUACUUGAAAUUUCAGUUUCUAUUUCCCGAUUGAUGUACUUUAACCUGUUUCCUUAGUCCAAUUCAACCAUACAUCAUGGUUAUAUGUAAUUCUUACGGGUGCGCUCUUUUUUCUGCAGUGCGCUGAAAGUGUGAGACAAGGUAAUGGUAGUAGAAGACGCAAGCAGUCAGCGGUGACACUCGAAGAAAACGUGAUCCAUGCAUUCAGGAACGGACGAGCAAAAUCUGCUAGCCUCACAAAUGGAAAGUGUUUAAAAUGCUGCUCGGACGAGAACCUGGGGAUGCAUGUUCCACAAACCGAGACGCAAAGUAAUUGUGGGAAAUGUUGGAACGGUGUUCAGGAAUAUAUUUAUCGCGAAGCUUUUAUCGUUGGCGUCGAUGAGUUUUCUCUCAAGCUGUUUUCGUUUGUAUUCUUUACCUUCAACUUGUUUUAUUGGUUAACACUUUUCUUCUUUCCUGAUUAUAUCAUGUAG